AUGUCAUUCCUAAAUGUCUUGUAUCUAGACAGACUCCCCCAAGUGGUAGUCGACGACCUCGAAGGAGUAGUUGUCGAGGGCGCACGCCAGCGCCGUCUCGCCCUGCAUGUUCUUGAUCCCGACGUUGGCGCCCCGCUCGACCAGCCUGCGGAUGACGUCUCCGGCUUCGGGGAUCUGGGCGGCGCAGUGCAGCGGCGUCAUCUUCUUGAUGUCCUGCGCGUUGAUGUCCGCGCCGUGCUUGAGCAGCACGUCCACCAGCUCUACCGAGCCCAUGAAGCCGACCAUGUGAAGGGGUGUCGCCCCCUUGAUGUCGAUGACCAUCCUGGCGCCGUGCUCGAGCAGGUAAUCGGCGACCAGGGCGGGCUCCUCGGCAUUGCGGUCCAUCGACAGCGAGUUCUGGCCCUCUUUGCUCAGGGCGUUUGGGUUGGCACCCAGCGACACCAGCAGCUUGGUCAUAUCCAGCUUGCCCAGGGGUGUACGCCCAGCUCCGUCUCGGGUGUUGACAUCGGCGCCGUAUCGAGUGGCGAGAAGCUCGACGACAUCGCAGAACCCAGCAGAGGCGGCGCUGUGCAGGGCUGUCUCGCCGUCGGGUUCUCUGUACUCGACUCGGGAGCCGUAGGCGAUGAGCUGGUUGAUCGUCUCGAGGAAGCUCUCCCUGUCUCGCUGGACGGUGUGGUUUCGAGGGCAGUUCUGGUACGUAUGCGGGCUCGCAGCAAUGGAGAGGGGGAUUCGACCGAAGCUGUCCUUGGCGUAGACGUCGGCAUCGUACUCGAGGAGGAGGGUGGCGAUCUCGUGGCUUCCGUCGUGGGCGGCGACGUGGAGCGCGGUGUGUUGGUGGCGGUCGCGAAUGUUGAUAUUGACCUUGCCGGUCUCGAGCAAGGUCUUGACGAUGUCGAAGCAGCCGGACCCGACGGCGGAGAGGAUAGGGAAGCCGCCCUUUUCGUCCCGACUCAGCUGGUCGAAGCCUCCGUAAUUGUCCUUGCAGGCCAAAAGGCUGUGGAAUACUUCGAAGUCGCCGAUCUCGGCGGCGGUGGUGAUGUGAUGUAG